AUGUCGACCAUGGUCACUCAUCCAGUCUCCCCUCCCGAGACGAGCAAAACUCCGCGUACCCAUUCCCCACGAAAGUUGGAUUGGCUUGGAAGGUCCGACUCUUUUACAGAUUUAGAUACUCCUCCCUCGCCGUCUCAUCCUUCGACCGGCACAAUACACGGCAUCAGACGGAUAGCGUCCGAUUCAAACUCAUGGACUAAGAAGUUCCAUGUUACCCUGGGGAAGAUGGAGAGCCAGGAGGGCAGAGAUCAAGAGGUGGGAAGUGUACGACAGAACCAACAUGGUGGAGCGGCAACAGAGAGAGACACUCCUGCGGAACACGAAACCGGGCAACAUACAUCAGUUGAGAGAGGCGAUGCCAUGCGUGCAGUCAUGAAGGGCCCUCGCACAGAACGGAGCGUCAGCCGUGGCCGGGCACACGUGGACAAGAGUAUAGAAGCUACAGUCAAGAACCCCGAAGUUGGAGGCACAGCACGUAGCAGGAAGGCUAGCCAUAUGAUGGGUAUUUUCGAUCCACGAACUGGCUCGGAAUCUCCAGGGUUGACCAUCCGUGACCAACUGGGUCACGUUAGCAGCGCCAGGGAACCCUCGAAGUCGUCUUCACGACCUACAAGCCCGGCUACUCAAGACACCAAGUUCACAUGGAGCGCACGCCGACCUUCGAGGGAAUUCAUGGACGCUACCGUCGCCGCCUCUCAAGAUGCCACCCGUCCAGGAAGUCUACGCGGUUCCAAGGCCACCUCUCCGCUUAGACCGGACCUCGAUCCUUAUUUCCGACAGCAGGACCUUGCGCAGAAGCCCGAUGUGAAUGGGAGAUUCCUGGACGAUGGCAAAGAAGCCUACGAGACGACGGCUCACGAUGCCACUCCUCCGGAGAAGUUUCCUGGAGGAGACAGAGAAGAGGAUCACCAUCCAUCUGAAGAGGAACAUAUAUCGGCUGCCGUCUACUACCCUCAUCCGGGUCCCUCUCCUGAAGAAAUUGAGCGCUUCAUCUCCCCCGGAGAGGUCGCUUCGCCUAACCUGAACAACAAUCGACAACUUCCGAGACCGGCAGACGAGAUCGUUCUGUCCACCGACACCAAAACGAACGAAGCACUCGGAGGUACAGAACACAUCGAUAUCUCGGUCGUAUCUCAAAAUGAGAAAAGAAUGUUUCAUGGGAAUUAUCGCCCUUUGGAUGAAGUGGCAGGGGAAUGCCAGGUCCCAGCUCUGUCACCCCUCGAAGAAUCUCCCACAACUGCAAUCGUCAGUACUUCAGAGUCAGAAAUUGAAUCGGGUGACGAUAUAAGUCGCCAAAGUCAAACAGAUGACAUGUCAACAACGCCGACGCAACGAAGCACGCUUUCCAGGAGGCCGACCGAGGUCCAAGGACCGCCGAGGACCAAGGGCAAGGUCGUUCUCGAACCUUACAAACAUCAAGUAGGAGGACAUUCGACGAUAUUUCGCUUUUCUCGUCGAGCCGUCUGCAAACAGCUGAAUAAUCGCGAGAAUGAGUUUUAUGAACGGAUUGAGCAACGGCAUCCAGACAUGCUCAAAUUCCUUCCCAGAUACAUUGGCGUACUGAAUGUGACAUUCUCAAAAAUUCCGAAGCCGGUGCAGAACUCUGACGCUAAACCCGACGAGGAUACGAGGUCUGGAAACCCUAGUCAAGACGAAGACCGCCCUAGGGAAAUAGAGAACACAUCCGACGUCGGCUCGAGGCCAAUGAUUUCAUCUGGAGACCAACCACGGAUCGUCAGCCACUCGAUGCAGCAAAUCGGUAGCAUCCCGGAGGUCAUUCUAGAACAGAACAAACACAUCAUCCCCUCUAACUACUUUGCUUUGCCGGAGCGGCCUAAAAGUGCCGACCCCAAUCACGGGCGGCGACAAAGCAAGGAUUUCGAUCUUCCCGGUACUCUGGCGCAGGACCUCCCAGACGAGAAGUCUCCGAACAGACCAUCAUUGCCCGAACAUUCCAACAGUUGGGGGCAUACCACUGUGAACGAAGGCUUGAAGGACAAAAUCCUACGUGAAGUAUUUGGCCCUCCUCCCGUCCAAUAUUUCCGUCGUCAUAUACCCUCGCACAGUACUAUUCCGCGACUCAGGGCCCGUCACCCUCCACGCCGGAGGAGCAACCUCUCUACAAAUUCGUUCCCCCACGCGGAUGCUAAGGAUUUGGCCCGGUCGAAAGACUACCUCGAGGCACCCACAAUGCACAAGGAGACUUCUUAUAUGUCUCCAUCCAAUGAAGUGGCAUCGCAGAAUGGCGACAGUGCCGGUAUGUAUUCUUCAUCGGCCUCGGCUUUUGAUGACCUAAAGUACAAUCUCGAACAUGUCAAGACAGCCGGAAGUGAGGUGUCCACCUCCUCCGGUGCAGACAACAGACAGCAUGUGAAAAGGCGUCAUUCUGGGAUGGGCCUACGGCGUCGGCGCCAAUCAGUGAAUGAGAAACAGACUCCUGGGUUGGAGUAUUUUGAAGACGAAGCCUACACAACGGAUUUUGGACCUGACACCGGGGGCGAUGUCUUUUCCAUGGACCAUGAGAAGAAACGAGAUGUUGCCAAGCCCCGCCUCAGUAAUUUAACAACCAACGGCUCUAUCAAGUCUCGGGCAGAGGAGGCCAAAAUUUCUAAUACUCACCCGAACAAUGCAGGCAGAUCCAGAGAGACAGCUUCGACAAGCUUGAUACCCUCCAACCCAAAAGAGGCUCAAAAGACUUACAAUGCCUCCGGUGACCGAGUAGUAUACUUCAUCUUGUUGGAGGAUCUCACCAGUGGCAUGGGACGACCGUGUGUACUUGAUCUCAAAAUGGGAACGAGGCAGUUUGGCGUCGAAGCCACUAAAAAGAAAAUGGAAUCUCAGCGCCGCAAAUGCAAAUCGACAACCUCACAACAACUAGGUGUCAGGAUAUGUGGCAUGCAGACUUUCAAUGCAAAAACCCAAAAGGUAUCAUACGAAGAUAAAUAUUAUGGUCGUGACCUCAAAGCUGGGCGAGAGUUUAGGGACGCGCUCACUAGGUUCCUCUACGACGGUGUCAGCUAUCACAGUGUUGCACGGCACAUCCCCACCAUCUUGCACAAACUCUCCAAGCUUGAGAGCAUGGUGCGAAGAUUGCCUGGUUAUCGAUUCUACGCGAGCUCCCUUCUCAUGCUAUACGAUGCCGAGCCUUACAAGUCUCGGGAAGCUGAAGAGGCAGCAAGGAAUGGCAUAGACAUCGCCGAACAAAGGAAAAAGGAGGGCAAAAAGUGGCCACCACCUAUUGAUAUCAAGAUUGUGGAUUUUGCCAACUGCAUCACGGGCGAGGACGAACUCCCUGCCAACGCUCAAGCGCCGCCUGCCCAUCCAAAAGAUAUUGAUCGAGGUUAUUUGCGCGGGUUAAGAACUUUGAAAGCCUACUUCGAACGCAUCCUAGCCGACAUCAAAAACAACGAAAAGAGGGAGAUAAGCGGUAGGGAGGAAUUAACCACUGAUGACGAGGGUGCCAACCAUGUUUCCAACGGCGGAAACGAUACUCCUGAGGAUGAAAGUGAAGUCAGCAUAUAA